AUGGCUCCCGCAGGCAAGCAGAAGAAGAAGUGGUCCAAGGGCAAGGUCAAGGACAAGGCCCAGCACGCCGUCGUCCUCGAGAAGCAGACCGCUGAGAGGCUCAACAAGGACGUCCAGUCCUACCGCCUCAUCACCGUCGCCACCCUCGUCGACCGUCUCAAGAUCAACGGCAGCUUGGCCCGCAAGGCCCUCGCUGAUCUCGAGGAGAAGGGACAGAUCAAGAAGGUUGUCGGUCACUCCAAGAUGAACAUCUACACCCGCGCCGUUACCGCCGAGUAA